UCUUGUGCCGAUGAAAGUUAGCGGUAGCCGAGGACUUGCUGACAUGAUUCUCAUACAAGAACAAAGUCCGUGAAAACUUUAGAAACUUUUGACAUUUAAGUAGGAACUUGCUAUAAAUGUGACGAGUGUGCGUGACACAACUGAGAUUUUAUUUAGAAUACCUGUAAGUUUCAUGUGUGGAUGCUGACGUGCGAUUUUCCGGAAAAUUAGGAACAGGAUACUCAAAGGUUCCCCAAAUGGACGCUCCGCUGCUGUUCCCUCGCAUCGUUCCGAUUAGUUUCUUCCUCCUACUUCUCCACGUCUCACAAUCGAACUGCCUCGAUAUAUCUCAAUGCAUCGCACCUUUAGGAAUGGAAAGUGGAGACAUUAAAGAUGAAGAUAUAACAGCCAGUUCGUCUUUUGACAGUGGAAACGUGGGUCCAAGACAAGGAAGAUUAAAAGUGGAGACAAACGGCGGGGCGUGGUGUCCCCAAACCCCCGCGACUGCGGAACCCGAAGAAUGGCUUCAAAUAGAUCUCCACACCGUUCAUUUGGUUACUAGCGUCGGGACGCAGGGUCGUUUCGGUAAUGGUCAGGGCGUCGAAUAUUCCGAAGCGUACAUUCUCGAGUAUUGGCGUCCGCGUCUCAACAAGUGGAUUCGCUACCGCAAUUAUCGCGGAGAAGAAAUAUUGAAUGGCAACAUAAACACUUAUCUCGAAUCUAAGACCGAAUUGGACCCACCCAUAUGGGCCACUAAGAUUCGAUUCUUGCCGUACAGUUACCACAAAAGAACGGUUUGUUUGCGCGUCGAAAUAUACGGUUGUCGCUGGACCGACGGCAUCGUGAGUUACUCGAUGCCGCAAGGAGAUAAGAGAGGUCCUAAUUGGGAAUUCUACGACAGUUCUUACGACGGCUUCUGGGACGACGGAAGACUGAAGCACGGCCUGGGGCAGUUGACGGACGGCAAAACGGGUAGCAACGAUUUCAAAGUGUCCUUCUACGAACACUCGAAGGGGUGGGUCGGGUGGCGAAAUGACACACGGAACGGGAAACCCAUAGAUGUUGUGUUCGAAUUCGACGAAGUGCGCGAGUUCACCAACGUGAACAUUUUCUGUAACAACCAGUUCACGAAAGAGGUGCAGGUGUUCGCGAAAGCCGAGGUGUUCUUCAGUAUCGGCGGGAAACGUUCCAGAGGUCAGCCGAUCACGUACGAAUACAUGGAAGACCGUAUCUUCGAAAAGUCGCGCAACGUUUCCAUCAAACUCCACCAUCGAAUCGGAAAAUACGUGAAGAUUCAGUUACACUUCGCGGCCCGAUGGAUUCUCCUGAGUGAAAUUUCUUUCGACUCCGAAGUGAUCAAAGGGAACUUUACAGAAGAAGAAGAUGAGCAAGAAAUAUCCGCCAGUACCAAUGUCAAAAGUCAAGGAGCUUCGUCCUCAUCCGGAUCUGGAUCUGAAUCUCCUCCUAAUAAAAGUUCACCAUCUCCUCAAGAAUUCGGGCAGUAUAUGGGUGUCAUUGCAGGUAUCCUGUCAGUUUUGACGUUACUUGUGGGGACCCUAGUGGGUUACAUAAUUUUACAACAGAGGCGUCGCAAAGCGGCUGGAAGACAGGAAACGUACGUUCCAUCCAACUGCGAAAAGGCCGCCCUGUACAGCGAACCGAUUGUCCUCGGGCAAAACAGUACAAACACUCAGUAUAUGGACUCAUCCACGAGACGAUCAGAAUAUGCAGUGCCUCGUUUAAAAACGCGGCCUGAUCCUCCAUCCUUACAGGACAUUUUCCCCAAACCCCCAUCGUUUCCGCCGGCUCAAGAACAUUAUUACGCAUCGACCGAAAUUUGUAACGCUCGAUUCACCCCGCCUUCACCACCACUGUCUACGCCGCCACUGAUUCGGCUAAGCAGACAGCCGAGAUACGUGUCCAACUCGAACCACUACGUGGGGCCCUAAACAAACGACAUUCACUGUGAUAUUAGAUGUAAUAAAGACUGACUUAUUAAUGUGUACCAAUUUAGAUACCAUACGCAUUGCGUGUGUCUAUGGGAUUACCCAAUGAAAUAGAAGAACAAUGAAAAAAUGAAUCGAAUGAGCAAGACUGGCGGUUACCUAAAGUAUUAAAUUGUACGUAGACUAUCGUUUAUUAAUAUAUAGAGUAUCGACAAUCUGCAUCAUAACGUGAUAUUGUACUAUAAAAAAAAAUAAUAAAAACGCAGUUUUGUAAAUAGUUAUUAUUAUAUUACUACUACUUUCAA